AUGGCGAACCAGGGAAAAGAAGAUGUGGCUCCUGCUGAGCACACGUCAGCAAACGGCAAGUCCAUGAUCGACGACGCAGCCGACGUAGCACACCAGGAGUCCGCCUACAAGACGGAGACGGCCGCCGUCGUCGUAGAACCCUAUGGGCCCUCCGGCUUCCGGGGCAUCUUCGCGACGCGCUAUGUCACCCUCUGCGCCGCCUUCUCCGCCAUUGGCGGCUUCCUCUUUGGCUACGACCAGGGCGUCAUCUCGGUGACGCUCACCAUGGACUCGUUCCUCGACAGGUUCCCCGACGUCUCGGACCAUGCGGCCGGCGCCGGGUUCAAGAAGGGCCUCAUGACGGCCAUGAUUACCCUUGGCGCCCUCAUUGGCGCCCUGAACAUGGGCUGGGUCGCGGACUGGCUGUCGAGGAAGCGGUCCAUCAUGGUGGCUGUGGUCAUAUUCUGUAUUGGCUCCGCACUCCAGACUUCUGCUGUUGAUUAUGGCAUGCUGGUUGGUGGCAGGUUUAUAGGAGGAUUGGGCAUUGGAAUGCUCUCGAUGGUGGUGCCAGUUUACAUCUCCGAAAUCUCCCCGCCAGAAAUCCGUGGCUCCCUGCUUGUGUUUGAAGAGCUCUCGAUCGUCUUCGGCAUCGUGGUGGCGUUUUGGAUCACAUACGGCACGCGCACCAUCCCGAACCACUGGUCGUGGCAGCUGCCAUUCCUGCUACAAAUACUUCCCGGAAUCCUGCUUGGCUUCGGCGCCAUCCUGCUCCCGUACUCGCCCAGGUGGCUUGCCUCCAAUGGACACGAGGACGCGGCGUUGCGGUCACUCGCAAAGCUCCGCGCUCUCCCUGACACGGACCACCGCGUCCGGCGGGAGUGGAUGGACAUCCUGGCCGAGGCGAGGUUCCAAAAGGCCGUCAUGGCCGAACGACACCCAACGCUCGCCGGGAGCAGCGACAAGACCAGCCUCAUCAAGCUUGAGAUCGUCUCUUGGACCGACUGCCUCCGCGCCGGGUGCAUUCGCCGGACUCACGUUGGCGCUGGCCUCAUGUUCUUCCAGCAGAUGGUCGGAAUCAACGCCUUGAUUUACUACAGCCCGUCGUUGUUUGCAACCAUGGGUCUCAACAUCGACAUGCAGCUCAUCAUGUCCGGGGUGCUAAACAUCUCGCAGCUGGUUGGCGUCGUCAGUAGUCUGUGGACCAUGGACCGUUUCGGGCGGCGGAAGAUCCUGCUGGUUGGAAGCGCUUGCAUGUUCUUCGCACACUUCAUAAUUGCUAUCCUCGUGGGCAAGUUCUCGUACGACUGGACAAAGCAUGUCACCGAGGGCUGGGUUAGCGUCGCAUUCCUGCUGGCCUAUAUGAUAGCAUUCGGUGCUAGUUGGGGACCGGUUCCAUGGGCUAUGCCAUCUGAGGUUUUCCCAUCUUCACUUCGCGCGAAGGGUGUCGCCAUCUCCACCUGCAACAACUGGCUCUGGAACUUCAUCAUCGGCCUCAUCACGCCGCCGCUUGUGCAGGAGACGGGAUUCGGCGCGUACGUCUUCUUCGCAGUCUUCUGCCUGCUGAGCUGUCUGUGGACUUGGUUCUGCGUCCCCGAGACGAACGGCAAGACGCUCGAGGAGAUGGACGAAGUGUUCAAUGACCGCGCGGGCACGGCUGAUGCGGCAGUGAAAGCACGUAUCUUCCAGGAAGUCUCGCAGCAGCAUCAGACAACAGACGUCACCACGUCUGCGUCACUUACUUAG